AAAAAAAAAAUAUAUAUUAAAAUAAUAAGAAAAAAUGAACAGACUAGCUAUAUGUAAAAUACAUUCAACCCUUCAUAAUUCUUUUGUCAUUAAAAAUGACAUUGACUAUAGUACUACCUUAGAAAUUACAAUAGCAAUCAAUCAUUAAUCAAAUAUCUCAAUCUACCAAACAAAUCACAGUAAAUUAUAUUCAGAUCAUUCUCUAUUAAUAUUGUAAUUUUUAUCCACGUAUGUGAGACUUACGAACCGACAAAAGAAAAUGAUCUUUCAUAAUUUAACUAAGUUGUGAUUUGGAGUUUCAAAUGUACAUGCUCGUUCUCACAGUAUGUCUUGUUAAGGUUCAUAAAUAAAUUAAAAAUUAUAUGAAAGAGUAAUGACGUGGCAAGAGGAAGAAGAAGAAGGGGCUAAGAAGGAAGCAGAAAAACACCGAGACCUGUUGCAAUGAAUGAACCCACAACUUUUACAUCCCUCCCUACAGGCCUAGUGUCACUCUAAAAUGCCACGUUAGGGGCAAAAUCGUCACAGAAAAUAAUAAAAUCAUGUCAGAACUUUCUCUAUAUAAACAAUAACAAACCCCUUUACGACCUUAUCCCUCCAUUUCAUCCUAUUUUAGCUUCCAUCAAAUAAAGUAGUAGGAAGAAGAGAAUACUGUAGUAAUCAAUAGUGAAGAUUAUCGUUAAUUAUUAUUAGAUAUGGGUUUGGGCUUAGUGAUGAUUAUUGUGGUGGCCGCUACUUUGGCCGCCGCCGAGGCCUGUCCACCGUCGGACAGGGCCGCUCUUAUGGCCUUCAAAGCCGCCCUCCACGAGCCUCAUUUGGGAAUCUUCAACUCCUGGACCGGAACCGACUGCUGUAAAAACUGGUAUGGAGUUAGUUGUGAUCAGGGAACCCGUCGGGUCGCCGAUAUAAAUCUCCGUGGGGAGUCCGAAGACCCGAUUUUCGAAAGGGCUCACCGAACCGGGUACAUGACCGGUUACAUUUCUCCCGCCAUUUGCAAGCUUCCGCGACUCUCCAGCAUCACAAUCGCCGACUGGAAAGGAAUCACCGGAGUCAUUCCUCAAUGCAUAACAGCCUUGCCGUUCCUCCGAAUCCUUGAUCUCAUUGGGAACAAGAUCGGCGGUCCGAUUCCUGUCGGUAUCGGCAGACUCCGCCGCCUAACUGUUCUCAAUAUCGCUGAUAAUCUCAUCUCCGGUCCGAUCCCUGCCUCCAUAACUAACCUCUCAAGCCUGAUGCACCUCGAUCUUAGAAACAACAGAAUCUCCGGAGGUCUUCCCCGAGAUUUCCACAGACUCGGAAUGCUGAGUCGAGCUCUACUGAGUCGAAACCAAAUCAGCGGGACGAUUCCUCCUUCCAUAUCUUCCAUAUACCGUCUGGCGGAUCUGGAUCUCUCUCUGAACAGACUCGAAGGACCGAUCCCGGAGUCGCUAGGGAAAAUGGCGGUUUUGGCGACUUUGAACCUUGACGGAAAUAUGGUCUCCGGGAAUAUUCCGGCGAGUUUGAUGAACUCAGCUAUUGGGAACUUAAACUUGAGCAGAAAUAAAUUGGAGGGACGUAUUCCAAAUGUUUUUGGGCCAAGAUCUUAUUUUACGGUACUGGACUUGUCAUACAAUAAAUUAACUGGCCCAAUACCCAAAUCCAUAUCUUCAGCUUCGUAUAUUGGACACAUGGACUUGAGCCAUAACCAUCUCUGCGGCCCAAUUCCAGCAGGCUCGCCGUUUGAUCACCUUGAAGCGUCGUCGUUUACUUACAAUGCUUGUUUAUGUGGAAAGCCUUUAAAAGCAUGUUAAAUUUGGUAAUAGUAGGUAUUAAUAGAUGAUUAUCAUGAAUAUGUUUUUUUUUUUUAACUAAAUCAUGUCGUGAAUAUAUUAAUGUUACGGGUUAUUUUAAUUAUUGUAAUUUCUUUUUUCUUUUUUAUGGGGGGUGGGAGUGAGAGGAUUUAAUUGAGAGAGUGAUCACUGUGUGGUAACUAAAUAAGUUAAUUUUGGACCCUUUUGAUUUCAUAAUAAGUGGCAUUAAUCGAUUUUUGGGCCGUUUUGAUUUGCACUUAAA